CGUGCGUUAUCGAGAUAUUAUUUAGGUGCAUUCAGUUCUCUCGCUCAACAUCGUAUCGCAUGUUGUAAUAACAAUAUAAAAAAGUCGUACAAUCACCUGUUUUGUUUUCCUUUGCAAUGGCCUUCGAGUAUAUCGAGAUAGUCGAUCCAAUUUAUAAGGCCACCCAUCAGGAAAGAGAGGAGCAAGAUUAUGUUCUAGUCAGACCAACGGAAACCAGCAUGAUACCGAUAACAUUGCCCGAUUGGCAGCCCGAACCGUGCUGUUUGAAUAAAAAAUUCGAAGCAUUAGCGCAACGGAUCAAAGAUAUGGACGUUCAGCUGUGCGACGUGUGGAUGGUGUCGUACCCGAAGAGCGGAACUACCUGGUGCCAAGAAAUGAUAUGGCUUAUCUGCAAUGAUCUCAAUUACGAGAAGGCAGCGGGUUCUAAACUUCGCGAGCGUUUUCCUUUUUUGGAACUUGGUGGCCUUCGGGAAUUGCCAAAGAAUGUGGAUUGCUUUCAAGAUGUUCUCUCUAUGCAGUCACCACGAUUCAUCAAAACUCAUCUACCUGUUGCCUUCCUGCCGGAUCAAAUUUGGACGGUGAAACCGCGAAUAAUUUACGUGCGAAGAAACCCGAAGGCGAUUGCCGUCUCCUACUACCAUCACUCGGUAUCGCUGCACGGAUACAAGGGAACCAUGGAACAGUUCGUGCACUCGUUCAUCAAUGAGUUGCAGUACUAUUCACCCUAUCAUCGGCAUGUGGUUGAGUAUCACAGCCUGGAAUACGAGGAUGAUAUUCUGUAUUUGUGCUAUGAAGAGAUGAAAAAGGACCUAAAGGAUACGAUGAAGCGGGUUUGUAAGUUUUUCAACAAAUGCUACUCCGAGGAACAGUUGGAUACAUUGGCGCAACAUUUGUCGUUCGAGUCGAUGAAGGAUAACAAGUCGGUCAACAGCCAGGAGUGGGUCGAGUAUUGCCUGCGGAAGACAAACCGCGAGGAUAAAAUCAAGGAUGUCAAUUCCCAAUUCAUUAGACGGGGAGAACCCGAUGGAUGGAAACAAGAACUGAGUCCCGAGCUGUCGCUCGAGAUCGAUGGGUGGACCGAAAAAAAGGUCACGGAUCCUGACCAGAUAGCGUUGUUUCAAUACGAUUAAAUUUUACUGUGCGCUCACUCACAAAAUGGUUCAUGCCUCGGAUGUUAUAUUUGUUAUAUUUUUCGCCAUAUCAUUUUAAUAUAAAAAACCAAAAAUAAUUGUAGCAUCUAUUUUAAAGGCCAUCCGAUCUCAUUUUCUACUAUAUAGCAGUUUACAAUCUCACGCGGAGUGAGACACACA